AUGGAAGUCGAUAAAGAAAAUAUAAGGGGUUUGAAAAACAAAACAAAAAUCCCACUACCGUUGUCGCCACUGCCAGCAGUACCACAUAAUUUGGUGAAACGUAAUAACGAAAUAGAAAGACAUCCAUUGAAGACAAUCAAUCGUCAGGAUUCACAUACCGCAGGUACUAGUCAAAGACAUGAUAAAAUAGACAAAAAUGAAAAAGAAAAAGAAAAGGUAAGAAAUAGAACAAAGUUUCCACUGAAUUUGGAUACACGAUUCGUCACUAUUCGACCAAAAACUGAAGAAAUGGACUGGAACUAUAGUGUUUUUAAGGACGAAACUGUAAAAGAAAAUAGUAUUAUAGUUAUAAGUGACGAUGAAGAAACCAGUUAUGAAGAGAAAUGUAAGGAAAUUAGUUAUUUUUUACAUAAUCGUCAGAAGAAUUCUCUUGGAGAUAGUAGCAGCAUAGUGACUCCCAUUCCCAAAUCGCCGUUGUUAGAACCCAAUAGGGUAAGAAACAUUAAAAAAAGUCUCAAAAGACCACAUAGUCGUGAACUACAAGGUAUCUCCCCGAUAACAAAACAGGGGAGAGGGGAUGAGAAACACAAGAGGCGAUUACAAUUUAACGAGCGCCUUGAAAUUAAACAACAAACACCAGAUUGUACUUUGAAGGUUUAUGUAACACAUUUAGACCGCGACCAUGCUGCUGAUUUAUUUACUUAUUUGUUAAGUGCUGAAAAGAAAGCAAAUAUACCAAGGAUCAAUAGCCACACUCGCUCUUGUAUCAUCAAUUGGAUAAUUAAAGUACACGGCCCUGAUGGUAGUCCUUCAACAGUCCAGUAUGCUCAAUGGUAUUUUGACGCUAUACUGGCUAUAGGCCAUAUUCAUAUAAAUCAAAUGCAGCUAUUUGCAGCAGCUUGUUAUUGGAUUGCCCAGAAGAUCCACGGCCCUUAUACAUAUGCUAGAAAGUUGGUAAAAUGCUCAAGUCACGCCUUUUCAUGUGAGAAACUAUUGGCCGCUGAAAAAGCUGUGCUUGUAACUUUGAAAUUUCCUCGCCAUCCAGUAAUACCUCAGGAAUUCAUAUCAUAUCUAUCGUUUUACUGUGACACUUCACAAGCUGAUGAGAUUGAGGAAGCUGCAACAUUUCUUUACACGGCUGGUAUGAUGGUGGACAAAUAUCUUUGUGAAAUUUGGCCAUCAGUUCUUGCUGCAGCGGCGGUGAGGAACUCUGUCUUACUGCUGAGGAAGAAAGAGUCUAUAGUGAAACUUAAAAUGAAUUCAGUAUAUAAAGAAGCUGAAAAAAAAACUUCAAAUAUAUCACAUGUCUGUUCGAUUCAAAGGAGAGCAGUUCGUCUCAUUUCUUCUCCCUGUUACGAAUAUAAAGCACUCCUGUUGCGAUAUGGUAGUCCUCCGAAUAAUGUGGCUCAGAAAAUUGUUGCUUCUAUAAAUGAAUUUGCAGCUUUAGACGCCAGAAUGAGAAUCGAUUUUGCACAAUAA